ACUCCUGUGACGCCGACACGAUACAUUCACUUGGACGUUCGUACCAAUACAUUUCCUUCCUGUCGGCCUAGAUUAUUUUUCCGCCACGACUAAAGCCGUCGAAGCUUAGAACUUGACUCUGGACGGAUUUUUCUUUUGUAGACAACUCAUCAAUAGAUAUAUGUUUAAAAUUAACCAAUUAAUUCAAGAAACUCUUAUUACUCGUGUAGUUUCACCAGGUUUUGGAAGUGUUUGAGGAGAUUGAAAACGACGUCGACGACCAAGAGGACGACUGCAUACCGGCAAACAAAGAACCCUUCCUUCAGAUAAUUUCUCUCUUCUCUUUAGUUAGCUAUGAGUCAUGUGGCCGUUGAAAAUGUACACGGUCUAGAUCAGCAGUUGGCUGCUCUAGACUUGAACCCAGACCUGCAGGGCGGAGGUACUGGCCGACGUUACAUUCCACCUCAUCUAAGGAACAAAGAAGUCUCCAAAAAUGCAGGAAAUGCAUUUACCUCUGGUAGACAGAGCGGGUACUCAGUUGGGCCUGGGAACAGCUAUGCUGGAGGAUGGGAUGGUGGGCGCAAUAAUGGCUUUGUGAAUGGAUACAAUGAUGCGAAUGGCAUGAACGGACGUGGCGGCAUUCGCCAGGACCGUGGUGGUGGUCGCGGAGGAUUCCGUGGUAGAGGUGGAAGUUCCUAUAACCCUGCCCAGCCUAUGCAGAAUCCAGGAUUUGGGUAUGAAGCCAAGGACAAUGGCGGUGGUUGGAAUGUUCAGAAAGAUGCUUACACAAGCUUUGGCAGCCGUAACGACCGAGGCAAAUCUGCCUAUGAUCGUACCUCUACAAGGGGAAGAUAUGAACGUGGAGGUUUUGGAGGUGGAGGAAAUGGUCGUUGGCUGGACGACUCGAGAGAGGAGGAAGAUUGGUCCAAACCUCUGUCCCGCAAUGAGCGAACAGAGAACGAACUGUUUGCCGGGUGCAACACAGGAAUCAAUUUUGAUAAUUAUGAUGACAUUCCUGUGGAGGCAACAGGACACGACAGCCCUUCUCCCAUUGAUAUGUUUCAAGAUAUUGAUAUGGGGGAGAUCAUCAUGGGCAACAUCGCACUGAGUCGUUACACACGUCCCACUCCGGUGCAGAAGCAUGCCAUUCCCAUCAUUAAAUCCAAGAGAGACCUAAUGGCCUGUGCUCAGACAGGUUCUGGGAAAACAGCCGCAUUUUUGCUGCCUGUGCUCAGCCAAAUCUACACAGAGGGACCGGGAGAGGCCCUACAGGCCGCUAAGAACAAUGCCCAGGACAAUGGUAGAUAUGGCCGCCGUAAGCAGUAUCCCCUCGCUCUGGUCUUGGCCCCAACAAGAGAGUUGGCAUUGCAGAUCUAUGAUGAAGCCAGGAAGUUCGCAUAUCGAUCCCGUGUGCGUCCAUGUGUAGUGUAUGGAGGAGCUGACAUCGGCCAACAAAUUCGUGAAUUGGAGCGCGGUUGUCACCUUCUGGUGGCAACGCCUGGACGUUUGGUAGACAUGAUGGAGAGGGGCAAGAUUGGCAUGGACCACUGCUGUUACCUGAUCCUGGACGAGGCUGACCGUAUGUUGGACAUGGGUUUCGAGCCCCAGAUUCGUCGUAUCGUUGAGCAGGACACUAUGCCACCCAAAGGCGUGCGCCAGACCAUGAUGUUCAGUGCCACGUUCCCCAAAGAGAUCCAGAUAUUGGCUCGUGACUUCCUGGAGGACUACAUCUUCCUUGCCGUGGGCCGUGUGGGCUCAACUUCAGAGAACAUUACACAGAAGGUGGUUUGGGUUGAAGAGAGUGAUAAGAGGUCUUUCCUGCUGGAUCUUCUUAACGCUACAGUUAUGCCUAGCGAGGGUCAGGAACCAACUGCUGAAAACCUCGGGAAGCCUGGCAAGGAAUCCCUCACUUUGGUGUUUGUGGAGACCAAGAAGGGUGCUGAUGCCCUGGAAGACUUCCUGUACCGGGAGGGCUACGGCUGCACCAGCAUUCACGGUGACCGCUCACAGAGAGACCGCGAGGAGGCACUUCACCAGUUCCGCUCCGGAAGAUGCCCCAUUCUGGUGGCCACAGCUGUAUGUUCUUUUUUUUUAAAAAAAAUCUUAUUUAAUAUAUUAUAUUUUUUAUUUUAUUCUAUAUUUUAUAAAUAACAUUUUAUUACUAUUGGUAUUUCCCUUAAGGUUAUUAUUUGUAUGCUCAUUAAGAAAAUCUAUAAAAAAAAAAGAAUUAUUGGUAUUAAAAAAUAAUAAUUUUCUGUAAACAUUUUAGUAUGUUACUAAUAUUGGUAUUUUUGUAUUAUUUAGGCCAGUGGUUCUCAAACUGGGGGGUGCGCCCCCUGCUGGGGCGGGAACAUGUUGUGAGUGGGACGCGAGAGCGCGGACAUCUCACUCGCAUAAUGAAACAAUAUUUCUGUGGGGCGCAUGCCAUGGACUUUGCCGUUGAUAAUGCAAUGGACAUGAAUCGGCCUAUAUUUACAUGAACGAUAACAGACAUCACUCCUCAGCUUGGCCAAUUAAAAUGCAUCAUUUUAGAUCUCAAAGACCGCUCUGUCAACAAAUAAAUCAGACAUCCACAGAAAGGACAUUAUGCAGGCUAUUUGAUUUGAGUCAGGUUUGAUUGCAGAUGCGUUCUUUACAGUUAAAAGCAGCCUUUCAGGGCUCCUCAUAUUCCUCCUUAUUUUAGAUUUAAAAUGUGCAAGCAGCAU